CCGGGAUAGUAGAGGACAGGGAGGGGCUGCUGGGCUAGCAAAUGUGCUUCCUGCCCAGGAGAGAGAGAGACACACACACAUCUAUAUAUAAGUCUCUGCUGCAAAUAUAUUUGGAAGACUGCAUAGUAUCAGCUGGGCCUCCUUCUCCACCAGUGCAGCCCUACGUGAAGACUUCAAGAAGCAUGGGAGUCACCUGUGUGUCUCAGAUGCCCGUGGCAGAGGGGAAGAGCGUCCAGCAAACAGUUGAAAUCCUAACAAGGAAACUGGAGCUGCUGGGAGCAGAGAAACAAGGAACAUUUUGUGUGGACUGUGAGACCUACCACACCGCUGCCUCCACCAUGGGGAACCAAGGGCAGGCUGGCAAGCUGAUGUACGUGAUGCAUAACUCUGAAUAUCCCCUCAGCUGUUUCGCUCUCUUUGAAAACGGCCCCUGCCUCAUAGCAGAUGCCAACUUUGAUGUCCUGAUGGUGAAACUGAAAGGCUUUUUCCAAAACGCCAAGGCAAACAAGAUAGAGAGCCGGGGUACGCGGUACCAGUACUGUGACUUCUUGGUGAAGGUUGGCACUGUUACCAUGGGGCCCAGUGCUCGGGGAAUAUCUGUGGAGGUGGAAUACUGCCCAUGUGUGAUAGCCAACGACUGCUGGAACCUGCUCAUGGAGUUCAUGCAAAGCUUCAUGGGGAAUCACACUCCUGGAAACCCAUCCGUGUUUGGCAACAAGCACGACAACAUCUACAGCCCAGGUGACACAAUGGCUCAGUACAUGGAACUGUUCAACAAGAUCCGCAAACAGCAGCAGGUGCCUGUAGCUGGGAUCAGAUGAAGAAGACUCCAGGAGACUUUUUUUUCUUUUUAAAGUGACAAUAUCCUCU